AAACUUAUUAACAGUAGAUCUUUUGCUUGUAUAACAUCAUUGUCUCUGAGCUAUAACAAGUCUGGAGUAGGUGGCAGUAAGACGGAAAGUAUUUCUGUUGAAGAAAGAAGGAAAUAUUAGGUUUUAGGUUCAAAGAAACAGGAAUACUGUGGGUGCUGAGACAAAUUCUGACAUUACUGCAAAUAUUUCACUGAAUUUUGUGGCGCUGGAUAUCUAAUCACUGCUUGGUGUUAUAAGGUGAAGUAAAGACUCAGAUGGCGGAGAGGAUUCCCUGGUGGAAGGCCUUCACCGGGAGGGUGCUGAGCAACAUCCUUAAAGACGCUGCUGUUCAGCAUGAUCAAGGCUCAGACAGCAAAAACUCAGGCUUCCCAAGUGAUGGAUUUGACGUCUCACAGCUGGAACCUGCCAUAAUGGACACGUUCAGCCGAAACCUUACCGUCUCACGCUCCGGCCGCUUCAAGGAAAAACGCAAGGUCCGAGCCACUCUGCCCACCAACAAGAACAUUUACGAAAGCAACACAGCCGUGGCCAAGUAGCCAUGCUGAAAUCCUAACAUCCACCACAGACACUGAUCUCAGAGGAUCUCUCUGGUUGGUCAGUGAGGUUAUUGUUGCUUACAAUGGCUGAAGCUAACACAGUGAGAGCUUGAACAAUGCAAACAAUUUAGAACAUAUUUCGUUAAUUAGGGUUAUUAGGGUUAAUUACUUGUUACAGGCUGUUCAGUCAAGCUAAAUGCCCUCAGCUCUGAGAACACGUUUAUAUUUAUUCAUAGCUAACCAGGAGUGGUAGCUUUUUAUUUUACCUGGAAACGUGGAUAUAAAAGAUUUAAGUUCUGCUGUAAUUACAUCUAAAAGCAGCCCUAAAGCUUUAAAUGCACAUUAUGGUACAGUUUUUCCUGAGACUUGCUAACACACUUACCCCUUGAACCCCUGUAUAGGAAAACCUUUUGUAACAAAGCCCAUUUUUUAGCGUGUGUGUGUGUGUGUGUGUGUGUGUGUGUGUGUGUGUGUGUGUGUGUGUGUGUGUGUGCAUGUGUGUGUGGUUUGCACGUAGGUUAAUUGCCUGUCACAGAGACUGGUCCCUUCUGAUGUCUUGUGUUGAUGUAGUAAAUAUUAAUACAAUGCCUGAGUGUUGUUCUAAUGUUUAUUUGUUAACUACUGAUAUGAAGGGCCACUUAUUUAUUCUAUAAAGUUUUAAAGUUUCAAUGCUUUUGUAACUGUUUGUAUGAAGGAUAUUUACAUAUACAGUGAUAUAUGAAUGUAAAUGGAACUAAAUGUUCUAGUCUGAUUUGGACAUAUGAUGUAGUUUCAAGUAAGAUCCAUGCAGGGGCAAUCCCUGCUCUCAUGGUUGUUCAGAAUGGGAUCGUUUUUUGCACUAACAGAUUUUUUUUAAGGAUUAUAACAUUCAUGUUACGUUAUAUUUCGAAAUUUACAAUUUGGAUCAAUGACAAGGUCAUAUAGUCAUAAACCAUUCCACACAUUACAUAAAGGAGUGUUGUGUACAAGAAGUACUACUUUAAAGACACAUUGUGCCUAAUGGCAGGUUGUGUCACCUUUAAUGGAUGGAAUGUCAUGUUUAAAAGCCGAAACGGAAGUGUGCUGUAGACGAGAUCAUACUGGUGCCUUACUAUCAUCUUGUUUAUCACUGUAAUCAGUAUAUCAUUGUUUCCUUCCCAUUUUCACUGAGGUUGACAUCAAAUAAACAUACACAUACAGCACCAA